AUCACCAAAAAUUGCAGCCUAAUGUCCGGGUACAUGAGCCAAAAGGAAAAAGCAUGGCAGCAUUUUACAUUGCACUAAAGCCCGCAAGUUUCAUCUAAUUUUCGCUGAUCGUGAAUUGUCUUCCCAAGCUGUGCAAAACAGCAAGAAGCCACCUCCUCCACCGCCACCACCACUUCAGAUCUCUUCAGCAACCUUUGAAUCACUAGUUUGUCUUGCCUUAUAAGCACAAAAGCAUAUAUAUAUCGAUAUAUACUAAGUGUUGCGAGAGAGAAUCAGGCUGUAAAAUUGGGAAAGAUCAUAAAGAUGGGUCGCAAAAAUGGGGGGCUUUUGCCAGAGGAACAAAACGGGGCCUCAACUUCAGCGAACAAUGCUCUGGUAUUCAUUACUAUGUCCAUCAUUGGCUUUCCAGUGGAUGUGCAUGUGAAGGACGGCUCGAUUUAUUCUGGAACUUUCCACACUGCUUCUAUCGACGAUGCCUAUGGUAUUGUUUUGAAGAAAGCAAGGAUGAUUAAGAAGGGCAAUCGACAGACAAAUCUAGCUGAUGGAAGUCUGAUAGAGACACUUAUAAUUCUGUCAGAAGAUCUUGUUCAAGUUGUUGCAAAGGAAUUAAUGCUACCAGCAGAAGGUAUCUCUGGAAAAGUUGGAGCAGCUUAUGUUGUGGCUACAGCUGGCACUUUGCCUCAGAAUGUACGUGAAGAGAGGGAGGCAAAUGUAACAAACUCUAAAGAACCCAACUUGGACAGAAAGCAUGAUACUCAUGCGAGGUUUGUCCGUCCAUAUAAGAAUAGCUUUCAGAAUGGUUCUGUUCACAAUAAUUCUGUGCCAAUUGCAAAUGGAAAAUCAGACUGCAGAAACUUGGUCAAGGGGGGAGAGGCUUUCACCGUUUCACCUAAUAUGAGACAGGUUGGAGACAGCUCAGAGGAAAAACGGAGUGAUCUAGUGCAGGAGCAAGUUUUGCAUGGGGAGGAAACGACUGAUCAAGUUGAAGGCUCAAGAUCAAGCUUAGAUGCUCAUUCCAAGGACAUGAAUGCUGGAACAAACAAAGGGGAAUCACCAAAUCUGAUGUCUUUUGAAAGAUCUACUGUGGCCAAGCUUGAUGAUCCAAGUAAUCUGAGGCACACAUUAGAUAAAGCUCAGGAGACAACUGCUCUUUCCUCCAAAGUUUGUGCUGAUGCUUCCUCUGGUUUCGGUGUUGCCUCAGAUUGUAACCUCAGUUUGUCAUCUGCUUCCACUAAAGUGGUGCUUCCAAAAGUUGCAAAUCAUGGUCUAACCACUAAGGAAUCUAAGCUCAACCCAAGAGCAAAGUUGUUUUCUCCAUCACCUUUGCAACAUAGAUCAGCGACUCCUCCUGCAGUGCCAUCGCGCACACCAGAACCCCCACCCACGGUAUCAAAUGCACCUGCAGAUCCAGAAGCUGAUUUGAGUUCCUUUGCCUAUUGUUCUUCUGUACCUGCUAAGUUUCUUACGCGUAAUAACCUGUUUCUGGGAAAUGGCUGGAGUGAUCUACAAUAUGUCCAGCCUGUUGUUGGACAUGUGGGAAGCAGGACACCUCCAGUUAGAUAUGCCAAUCAGUAUAAUCAUCUUCAAGCUGGGACAACGUAUCUGCAUCAAAAUUCGCAAAAUAUGACUGGGCGAGCAGGGCCGCUGUUUUAUGCACUUCCAGUUUCUAAUGAUGCCACUCAGGGUGUGGCAGGAUAUUCUCAGUUAUCUUCACAUCCUCUGCUGAUGCCACAUCAGGCAAAUCUUCCCAAAAACCAAGUUCACCUUUCCUUUUUACUAGGACAAAGGUAACAUUAUAGUCACAAGGGACAAGGGAUAUCUGGCAUUAUAUAGUUUGGCAAAUCAUGGAUCUUCAGAUGUAUGGAUGAGGUUCAAGAGAAAUGAAAAAAAAAAUUCCUUUAAGGUCAAAUGGUGUUGGGAGUAAAGCAGUUGAUUUCAUGUGCACUACAUAUGUAGACCUCUAGGAAUUCUUAGAAGAUAAGUUUAUAGUUGCUGCCUGCCUUAGUAGUUGAUUCAUCUUUUGGAUUGCUUUGCAUAAAGCACAUAUGCAAUUGCAUUUUUGCAAACAGUUUGGUCAUCUACUUUGUGUCCAGAGGGAUGUACGGCUUUUGGUCAGAUUGUAACUGAUCAUUCAUGGAUAUUACUUUGUUUGUCUGCUGAAAGUAGUUAAAAGGGCCUCAUUCUCACCCAAUUGUGCGAUCAUGUGGAUAUUGAAGUAAGGCAAAACUUUUUGACAGUUUUAGUUAUUUACCAUGUUGGGAAAAGGAACCCUUGUCAUGCUGACUACAUAUUCGAGUAUAUACCAGAUUUGACAGUUUUCUUGAG